AUGGGUACUAAGGACACAGGAAAUGAAGAUGUGAGAGCGGCCCACCAAACCCUGGCCUCAAAGAUCUUCAGUUUAUGCUGCUGGGACUGUGAGGAACCUGUCGUUGAGAGCACCAAAGUUCCAAGCCAAGAAAGCCAGACACCAGCCUACAAUAUGCUGAAGACUGAGAAGAAUGAGUUAUGCAAACAAAACCUCAAGGGACCCACUGCACAGCCCGUCAUUGGCCAAGAAAGGAACUCCUCAGCUAGCAGUGAUUAUGAAGAGCUGACCGCAUACAAUAUACAGACAGGAUACCCUAAAAAGAAUCUAAACCGCUACUACCAGGAACACUGGGCCCUCCAACGGUGUCUCAUCGGGAGACCCUGAGGGUUCUAGGUGGCGGUA